AUGGCACCAUGCAUAUUAUUAUAAAUUAUUAGUGCUAUGUUAAAAAGACAUAAUGAAAGAGAAUUUGCAUAUCUCUUUCCACAUGAACCUACAAUUGUAUAUGCUAAAUUAGAAGAUGAAUUUGGUUAUAGUUUAUCUAAUGCAUCUAUGGUUAGUGAAUUAUUAAAAAAUUCUGAUAGAUUAUAUGCAAUUCCAAAAUCAUUUACGAAAGAUGUAAUUGGUAAAAUACAUGUUACUCAUAAUUUGAAUGAAUUAACAUUUAUGUUGAAAAGUCUUACUUAAACAAUUAUAGCAAAAUUAGAUGGUAAUAUUAUAAUCAUUAUCUAUAUAGAGGCCGAAUUAGGAUCUCCUGAAACUUAAAUGGAAAUUAUGUAUUUAAUAAUUCUUGCAGGUUUCUCAUUAUAAAAAUCAAUUAAUCAUAAUACAGCUCUUACAUUAAAAAGAAUAUUUGAAAAUGAAAGAUUAUAAUUCUUAGAUGAUCAAUCAUAUGCAUCAAUUUCUUAAUUAUUGAUUAAGUUAUUAUAAUUUUGGACUAAUGACUAAUCUUUUAAGAUUAGUUUCUUCUUAAUUUAAAUGUAGAUUUAUUAGAAAUACUUACUAAAAGUGGUAUCUAUUUUUCAAAUCUCUAAUUUAGCUGUCUUCUCCAACUCAUAUAAAACUCCACAAAUUGUAAAUAGUCUUAUGUCUGUUUCUAAAUUAGAUUUUGUUAGUGCUUAAACCAGAUCUAGAAUUAUUAAACUUAUUUCAUUUCUAUCAAGACCAUAAUUUAUAAACUGUUUCUAACCCAGAUCUUAUGAUGGUCCUUUAACACUUAAUUUACCUCCAUAACCAAAAAGAAAAAAUGAAGAAUAUAUACCUACUAUUUUUGAAUAACCAAAUAGAAAUUCAAAAAGAAGAUAAGUAAGUGCUGCAUCUAGAAAUUAAAAUGCUUUUGAAUAACAAUAAGAUUUUAAUCAAUAUCCAUAUAAAUAGAAUGAUUCAAAUUAAUAUCCUUAUAGAUAAAAUGAUUCAAAUCAAUAUUAAUACUUGAAUAUAUCAAAAUAACAUCCUAUAACUUAAUAAUUUGGAUAUUAAUCCUAACCCUUACAAUCCAAUUAUCCACUUCCUCAAUAGAGUACUAUAUAUUCCAAACCUUAAUUAAAUAUAAAUAAUAGACCUCAAAGUAAUAGAACUUAAAAUCAAUAUGUUGGUGGUAAUAUGCUUUAGUAAGUCUUCGAUGAAUUAGUUUAAGAUUAUCUUAAUUUAAUUUCUACUGAAUUUAAUGAAGAAAUGUUAUAAUUUGCCAUUUAAAAUUUAAGUGAUGCAAUUGAUACAACCAUAGUCCAGAAGCAUUUUAAAAGAUUCUCAAUUUAUUAGAAAUUGCAAUGAGUCCAAAAUUUUUAGGAAUGUAGUUAAGAAUUUUAGAAGCAUUAUCUAAGAAUAUGAAUCAAGACUUAAAUUAAAAUAAAUACCUAGAAUUAUGAAAGCUUUUCCUUAUUAACCUAAAGAAUUUUAAUCAAUAUUGUAUGAUAUGUUUAUUAGCUACAAUUUUUAAGUUGAUGUACUCACUGUUAUCAGCAUGAUUGAAUCAGCAUAUCCGAGAAUUUAAAUGUUGAGGAUUAAAAUACUUUCAUUAAUGUCUGACCCAUAGGGACUCUAAAAUACUAAUAAUUUAUCUAUUUAAUUGAAAAUUACAUUAAAAGUUUAAUGGAUU